UUUCCAAUUUUCCGAGUCAAUAUUUACACAAAUGAAGGUUAAAUCUGUGCUAAAAUUGAUUCCUUGUAAUUCAAAACUUUUCAACAUUUCCGUCUGAAAUUGCGGAAAACUAACUUCUGGUCGAAUUACUAAACUCAAUAUGUUUUUGUGACGACCGUCCCAUAAUUUACUAGAAAAAUUUACAUAAAAAAUAAGUACAUUACCAUCAUAAUUUUAAAUAUAUCACAACUCGGUGAGAAAUAUGAAACCAUGAAGGCAAUAUCAUAACCCCAUGUUUGGAGGUAUCCACAUAUUACGUCAUCAAAAAUUCUUUAUCUCACCUAACUUAUCCAUUAAGGGAUAUGAAAUUUAAACAUGGGAGAGAUAUGAAAAUCUAGACCGCCCAACCACAAAAAUGACGACGUAAUAUAUGGAUUGUCCCUUAAUUUACGGACAGCCCCUUAACAAAACUAACAACUCAUUAGUAAUUUAUUAUUAUUAUUUUUACAGCCUCACUAUGGACCAAGAAGUCCUUCCCGACACCCAGCAGACCGGAGGUCACGCCAAGACAGAAAAAAUUCCUCCUCCUUCCCCCGAAGUAGACAAAUCUCACCUGAAUCAACGACCAAAACUCGACAAAACUUGGCAAAAACUCGGCCCCCUCAUCGCCACGUCGGUCGCCAAUCGAAAAAUGUACGAAGGAUAUGAAAUCGCCGUUAAAAAUGAAACCUAUACUUGCCUCGCGUGCGGUUUUAUAGUUUCAGGAUCGCGUAAAUCAAACAAAUCCGAUAACAGAAGAUUAAUCAAACUGCACAUAAAAGCGAAACAUUUAAACGCUUUCCGAUGUGAACCAUGCGAAAAGGACUACACCUCGUAUACCAUUUUACAAACUCACCUCCGAAAGAUGCAUUCCGCCGGAAAGCUCCCCACCCACGUUUGCGAGAUAUGCGGAAAAACCGUGUCCAACAUCGAACUGCACGUAUGGAACCAUCACAAGUCUCCGGAGGAGAAAGAACAAGUCAUCCAGUCCGGGGUGGGAUUCGGGCUCAUAUCAUGUGACAAGUGUGGAAAAGAAUUUUCCGGACAUGAUAAGCUAGCAGCGCAUCAAACCCAAGGAAACCGAUGUAAAGGGGCCAAGAUAAGCGUCGAAAACGAUCCUGCCGCUGGAACCUCUGGUGUCGUCCUGGGGAGCGCAGAUAAGUCGGACACCUCGCUUUCAAAACCUUCCAACCGGAGGCUCACAUGUCGCAUCUGUGGUCGCUCAGUGACCUUUUACAGUCACGCUCAACACGAAUGGACGCACAAAAAUGAAGCUGAAAAGGAGGAAAGUAUUCGACUCGGGAUAUCUCCAAAGGUUCGGUGUCACAUCUGCAACACGUACGUGCUCCACAGCGGCUACAAAGCCCACCUCGAUGUUCACAAGAAUCCCGAAGAGAUUUCCCAUCUCGUCUGCGAGUGGGACGGAUGUGGGCGCAAAUUUGCGAGAAAAUCGUACCUGGCCCUGCACAUUAAAACGUUCCAUCAUCGCUCCAAACCUCCCCACGUGGCCAAACCUAAACUCGAUUUGCUCUGUCCUGAUCCGUCCUGUUCCUCGCUCCGUUUUACGUCAAAACCUUUGCUGAACUCGCACAUUGCUCGCCGUCACAAGUGCAAAGUCCGUUCCGAGCGUCCCCUCAAGUGUGACAUUUGUCAUGCCGGCUUCCUCGUCCGAAUCGAUUUCACGCGACAUCAAAAGAGCCACCUGCCCCGUGAAGCGUACACCCUCACCUGCCCCCACUGCCCCAUCCUAUACGCUAAACCAAACCUAUUAAGGAGACAUUUGACCUUGGAACAUUCCGCACCAAAAGCAAGCCGGGCAGCCAGUGAACGAAUGUAUCGAGAACGGAAGAAAAUGCAGGGAAAACGGAAGGCCGCUGAUGACGACAGCCCUCCUUCUUCCCACUCAUCAAAGCGUAGGAUGAAACCCCGAAUAGAAAUUGAGCACGUUCCAGAUGAAGAAAUUGAAAUUAAGGAAGAAGAUUGCACCAUUCGAGAUGCCCUCUCAGAGGCGGAGGAGGAGGAGGUAGACUCCGGGGAUAGAACCGAUAAUGACAGGAAUGAGACUGACGUUGAGAUUAAGUCUAAAGGUCAACAAUCAAACGGUGAUCUGGAUAAUGUUACAAGUUUGUCGCAUUUUAGCAAGAUUAAAUCGGAGCAUGGAAGCGAUAGCGAUAUUGACACGGAAAGUGAACACAAAGGUUUUAAAAUGUUAACUUUUAACGGUAAUAAUUCAUCCCCGGAAGAAGACGAUGGAGAUAGCGAAGAUCCACUCAAAUUAUGGGAUGAUUAGUGGAGAUAUUUUUGUAGCAAAUGCCAUUAAGAAUUAAAUUUUUAAUUUCUAAAUAUUUUCAAGCUAAGUAUUUCAAUCGAAAUUUGUGUCCAAAUGUAUGAUCACACAUACAUACGCAGCAAAAUGUAAUAAAGUACAUAUUCACAAA